CUCUUGGCUGUAAAAGUGCAAAGACUAUUUUCUGGUAACAAAAACCUGAAUGGCCAUGGUGGUGGUGGGACAUUCUCAUAAAUAAGUCAAAGCAUAUGAUCCUCCCUGGUGGGAUGUGAUCCGUUGGAUAUAAGAGAGGAGUUGCAGGAGGAGCGUUGGAUGAGAGUGUGGGACCGAAACAAUUAUGUGGAAUGUCUCGUGAAGAAAAAAGAUGAAGCUAGUUCUGGAAGGUCAGAUAUAUAAAUUUCAAAACGACAGUGUCCAAUCACCCUUCUUAUUAUAAGGCUCCUUCUAUAUAUUCGAAUCUCUAUGCAAGUUGCAAAAUUCUUAAGCUCCAACGCUUCCCAUUAAUUCACAUCAAAGCUCCUGUGUCCUUCUUGACGAUCCACGUAGGUUCUGACACAAGACUUUUGCCGCUUUUAACAAACAUUUCAAAUCGCUUAAGGCAGCCAUAGUGCACAUGGGGAGACACUCUUGCUGCUACAAACAGAAGCUUCGUAAAGGCCUCUGGUCUCCUGAGGAAGACGAGAAGCUUUUGAAUUACAUCACCAAACAUGGCCAUGGAUGUUGGAGCUCCGUUCCAAAACUGGCUGGCCUUCAGAGGUGUGGCAAGAGCUGCAGAUUAAGGUGGAUUAAUUACCUUAGGCCAGAUUUGAAGAGAGGGGCGUUCUCACAGCAGGAAGAGAACUCCAUAAUUGAACUUCAUGCAGUCCUUGGCAACAGGUGGUCGCAGAUCGCUGCCCAGUUACCGGGAAGAACUGAUAAUGAGAUAAAGAAUCUAUGGAAUUCCUGUCUGAAGAAGAAGCUUAGGCAAAGAGGCAUUGACCCAAACACACACCAACCCCUCUCUGAGGUUGAGAAUGACAAGGACAAGCCUCUCACGGCUGACAGAAGCAAUCAGAAAGCCUCCAAUGAGGUGAGUGUUGUUGAGCCACCAAAACAAAAGCCCAUAACUUGUACUACUUCCAUGCCAAUGGAUAGAUAUCCCCUUGAAGUUUCUGCUACCUCAAAGAUCAGCAGUGGUGGCAACAACAGCAGCAGCACCCUAGACAGGUUUGGCACUUGUCAUGACAACAACAGCUCCAUGGCUAGUUCUGAUAUGAUGGGAAUGGGAUAUUUCCCUUUCCAGCACCUGAACUAUGGACCAAACAUGGGACUCACUACUGCAAAUCCCAACAACACGCCACUUUGUUUCAUUCCUGGUUCCACAUCUUCCCAGAUGAUGUCAGAGCUGAAUUCCACCAUGCUCCAUUCUGUGUUCUCAACACAUGUAAAGCCCACUGUCAGCCUCCAGUCUAAUAACAACAACCCAUCUUCCAUAUUUUCUGACGGGGUUCAGAACUGGGAAGGAAGUGCCUUCAGCAAUAACAACAACAACAACAAUGCAAGCAAAAGCAAUGGGAGCAGUAGCUGCAGCAUCCAAUUACAAAGCAGCACUAACUUCCUUGAUCAUGGCACAAUAACAUGGGGGCUGCAGGCAGAAUCUGCUACCAAGACAGAUAAUAAAGAUGCUAAUUCUUCUCAUGUGGUACCCUUGCAAUCAGAAGCAGAAGACAUCAAAUGGUCCGAGUAUCUGAACAACACCCCUUUUUACCUGGGAAGCACAGUGCAGCAGCAUCAAACCACUCACUCUCUCUACAGUGACGAGGUGAAGCCAGAAACAGCCUUCAUAGCAGACGAAUCAAGUACCAGUUGGCACCACAGCCAGCACUUUCAACCCUCGGAUAUAUAUAGCAAAGAUCUCCAGAGAUUUUCAGUAGCCUUUGGACAAUCCCUGUAGCCUGCAGGCAAUGACUGUACUUAACACGUGGAAACCUCAACCAAAGAGUGGAGCAAGAUGCCGACAUUUCCAAUGUGAAGUAGGUCAGAAAUUUGUCGUGAGUUCUGACCGCAGGUGUGUGCUGUAAAUUUUUCUUUUGAUAUUGUAAAUGUGUCCGAUUUAUACCAAAAAAGAAACACCUCAGCAAUCAGCAUUAUGUUACAGUA